AUGACGGCGGCACUUCGAGGACGUCUUUAUUUUGAGUCCAAAAGUGAGUGUUGUAAAACUACGUUAUGGCCGAGGAUGGAGAAGGUAGCAGCCAGUGGCUUCGGAGCUUGAAGAGCCGUCUUAUCGAGAUUUUGAGUGCAGAUCCUGAUCAUGUGUUGCAGCACGCAGACUCGCUCGGCCUACUUACAGAUCAACAGUACAAACAAGUCAAAGCCGUAACAGACCCAAGUGCAAACAUUCGAGACCUACUGGAUAAUGUUAUCCAGAAAGGGGAUGCGUCUUCAAAAAUAUUUCUACAACUGUUGAAGAGAAAUGCUAUGCAAGAAACAUUUCCCAUGUUGGAUUUCCUGUGUAAACUGCCAGAGAUCCACAAUCAAUCUACAGCUGAAAAACAAAGGAAACGAGAGGCUGCUGCAUCAGAGGAUGUUAUACCAGCCAAACAGGCAUCCAAGGGUGCCCCGAGUCUGGUAGAGGAGAAGCAGCUGAUGAAGCUGGCUCGUAACAUUGGGACUUCCUGGAAAGAGAUCGGAAGGCUGGCCCUGGACAUCGCCACUGUGAAGCUGGAGCAGAUCGAGGAGGACCAUCCCAACAGCCACAGAGAGCGCGUGUUCGCCAUGCUGCUGUGCUGGCGAACUAGCCAGAGGCAGGAGGCCACGGCAGCCCGGCUCCAUGCCCUGCUCUGCCAGGACGACUGGGCGCUGCCACCAGACAGUAUCGACUUUCUCCUGGAGCCCAGAUGAGCCCCUUACAGGCUGUGUCCAUCAUGGCUGUGCCUCUGCAGGUUUCCCUGCAGUGUUAGCCUGACUGAUUAUGUCACAGUGGGAACUUUGAUAUCGACUUUAUAUUCUGUAGGCCUAUCUUCGUACUUUGGUUUGAUGUGUCCAAUCAUGUUCUAAAGCUUAGUGAGAUCAUGGGAUCCCUAUAAGUUCACAUCUAAACAACAGCAGGUCCUCACGGGUUUACACAAUACAGGACCAUAAACAAUUCCAAAUCUUCCAAGGGACAGUUGUCACAUUAUUAUCCAACGGUAAUAGUCAACUCCAAUUAUGUUUUAUAUCCUUCUGAAGUGCUUUUUUAUCCAACCGAGAUCAUUUUAUGUGAUUAUUAUUACUAUGUGAUGCCUAAAUGGAAAUCGAUUGUAAUGGAUUGUUGUCCUUUUUCUGCAGUAUGCUGUGUAGCCUAUGUGCCUAUUUCCUGUUAGUCACCAAAUUAUGUAUAAUUGUGAAAUAUGAGGAAUGCAUAGUGUUGCGUUUAUUUAAUUUUUUACUAGAAUUUUAUACUUACUUAGGAAGUCAGGUGGCUGAGCGGUUAGGGAAGCGGGCUAGUAAUCUGAAGGUUGCCAGUUCGAUUCCCGGCUGUGCCAAAUGACGUUGUGUCCUUGGGCAAGGCACUACACCCUACUUGCCUUGGGGGGAAUGUCCCUGUACUUACUGUAAGUCGCUCUGGAUAAGAGCGUCUGAUAAAUGACUAAAUGUAAAUGUACUUUGUAUUCUGCCUUAUAGCGGCUACUGAAAAUU